AUGUCGUCUCAACAAGUCAAAUCUAUCAUGUCUUACGAUUAUUAUGAUGAACGUUUCCAUUUUUGUUCACCUCCUGGUGGACCUAAACAACAACCUGAAUCUUUGGGUAGUAUUCUUUUUGGUGAUCGUAUUUUUACUUCAGCUUUCAAUAUGAAAGUGAAUACAGACAAUGGUUGUGAACUUUUAUGUCAAGUAGAAAAUCCUAUUCCCAAAAACGAUGCUUUAUUUAUCAACCAAUGUAUUGCUGAUGAUUAUGCUAUGAACUGGGUGAUUGAUGGAUUACCAGCUGCUCAUGAGAUUAUGGAUGAACGUACCAAAGAAACUUAUCAAAGUAUUGGUGUACCAUUAGGGGAUGCCCAAGAACAAGUAGCAUUGAACAAUCAUUAUGACAUUUAUAUCAAGUAUCAUCCUCGUCCUCAUGGUAUGAAUCGCGUUGUAGGAGUGGAAGUACUUGCCUCUAGCAAAGAUCACAAAAUGAAAGAUAACAAACCUAUGUGCUUACAAGGUGAUAAACCCUAUUAUCUCAAGGCCGAUGGUAGUGAUAAAGUGAUAUAUACAUACACCGUAACAUGGAUUGAAUCAGAUACUGCUUGGGCUACUCGUUGGGAUAAUUAUCUUCAUAUUUUGGAUCCAUCUAUUCAUUGGUUCUCUUUGGUUAAUUCCAUUGUGAUUGUUCUGUUUUUGACUGGUAUGGUGGCCAUGAUCUUGAUUAGAGCUUUACAUAAGGAUAUUAGUCGUUACAAUGCUGUGGAAGUACAAGAAGAUGUUCAAGAAGAUUAUGGAUGGAAAUUGGUUCAUGGUGAUGUUUUCCGACCUCCUGUACGAUCCAUGUGGUUAUCAGUCAUUGUUGGUAAUGGUGCUCAAUUGGUGGCUAUGGCUGCAUCUACUCUAGUAUUUGCUGUCCUUGGUUUUCUAUCUCCUUCUAAUCGUGGUGCUUUAGCAACCGUUAUGGUGGUUUUGUUUAUGGUCUAUAGUGGUAUUGCUGGUUUUAUCUCUGCUCGUCUAUAUAAGAUGAAUGGUGGUGAAUCUUGGAAGACAAACAUGUUAUUGACUGCUACCUUUUUCCCUGGAGUUAUCUUUGGAUCAUUAUUUGUUUUGAACUUUUUGUUAGUUGGAUCUCAUUCAUCUGGAGCUGUUCCAUUUGGUACUAUGCUUGCUAUCUUGGGGAUUUGGGCAGUGAUUGCUUUACCUUUGAGUAUAGCUGGGUCUUAUUUUGGUUUCCGGAAACCUCGUAUUGAACAUCCUGUACGUACUAAUCAAAUUCCUCGUCAAGUACCUGAUCAACCUACUUACUUACGUAGUUGGCCAUCCAUUUUGAUGGGAGGUACCUUACCUUUUGGUGCCAUCUUCAUUGAACUCUACUUUAUCAUGAACAGCAUUUGGUUCCAUCGGAUUUAUUAUGGUAUUGGCUUCCUCUUUUUAGUAUUUUUGGUACUUGCCUUGACCUGUUCUCAAGUGACUAUUCUUAUGUGUUAUUUCCAUCUUUGCAAUGAAGACUAUCAUUGGUCGUGGCGGGCAUUCUUAACUUCUGGUGCUGCAGGUUUUUAUGUGUUUUUAUAUUCGGUUUAUUACUAUUUCAACAAAUUGGCUAUCACAAGUUUGACAAGUACUUUACUUUAUUUUGGUUAUUCAACCAUCAUUAGUAUUUUAUUGAUGGUGAUGACUGGCUCCAUUGGUUAUCUUGCUUGUCUCAUCUUUUUACAAAAGAUCUUCUCAAGUAUCAAGGUGGAUUAG